UGUGGAAGAGUGAUUAUUAACGUUAGUGGAAUGAAGUAUGAAACCCAAUACAGAACUUUAAGCAGACUUCCAAAUACUUUACUUGGAGAUCCAGAAAAGAGAGCAAAAUAUUGGAAUCCAAAACGACAUGAAUUUUUCUUUGAUCGAUACCGACUGGCAUUUCCUGCAAUAUUAUAUUAUUAUCAAAGCGGAGGGAGAAUGAAGUGUCCAUUAGAAGUUCCGUUCGAUAUAUUCCUGGAAGAGUUGCAUUUCUUUGAGAUGGGGCAUCAUGUAAUACAUUCACUCAAGGUUAAUGAAGGCUGUAUUAUGGAGGAACCAACAAUCAAACCACCAAAAAAUAGUAUUCAAAGAACGAUUUGGAACCUUGUUGAAUGCCCCGAAAGUUCUUAUUUCGCCAAGAUUUUCACGUUUUUAUCUAUAAUAUUCAUCUGGAUAUCCGUGGCGUUGUUUUGUAUUGAGACGUUACCAGAGUUCCAGAAUGUUGGGUGUAGAGCAGAGAACAGAACAACUAAUAAUGGUACCUUCGUUACAAUUGAGGUUCCUGAUUUCUCUCAUACAUUAUUUAUACUAGAAUCUAUAUGUAUAUUUUGGUUUGUGUUUGAGAUUGUGUUAAGAUUCGGUGUAUGGCCAUCUAAAUUAGAUUUCCUGAAGACUGUGAUUAAUUGGAUCGAUCUGGUCUCAAUUCUACCGUAUUUUAUAUUUCUUGGUUUAACUCUGUCACUAGAUGAAUGUCACACCAACAAUAAAAGUGGAUUAUUAUCAGUAUUAAGAGUAAUCAGGGUGGCUCGAGUCUUCAAACUCAGUAAACAUUCGGAAGGACUCAAGGUUUUAGCUAAAACAAUGAAAACGAGUUUAAGAGAGUUGUUUAUGUUUGCUAUGUUUUUGGGUAUAGCUACUAUUAUAUUCUCGGGGGCGGUGUUUUACGCUGAAAUGGGUAACGACAAUAGUCAAUUUGAGAGUAUACCAGGAACGUUCUGGUGGACUAUUGUCACUAUGUCUACUGUAGGAUAUGGAGAUUAUGUACCUGUAGGAACAUUUGGUAAAAUUCUGGGUGGUUUCUGUGCUAUCUCUGGGGUAUUAACUAUAGCUCUACCAGUUCCAGUUAUUGUAGCCAAUUUCAAUACAUUUUAUAAACAAAGUACUGGAAGAUCUCAUUAAAGAGACUACUCAGAGAUUUGCUGUUCAAGAAAAUGCCUAAAAUGAAGGAUUCCUUCUUCAAGUGCACAUUCCUCACUGUGCACUUAAUUAUUUCAACUUAUUUUUAAUACCACUAAUGUAUUCAAUUAUAUACCAAAUUAAUACUGUGAUAUAACAACAUUUCUACCUUAUUUUAUUAAUAUAUUUUUGUAAUAAAUAUGAAUUGCCUUAUU